GGAGUUCUCCUUGGGCGUCACCCAGCUCCUCGACGACUUGCUUGGCAAGGAGGCGCGGGAAGGCGAGGACGCGUCGCCCAAGCGGGAGACGGAGGAGGCCAUGCGCCGCAGCUUCCAAAAGGCGCAGGAGUUCUGCGAGGAGGCACAGAAAUACAUGGACCUCGUCGCCCAGGAGGAGGCCGAAGCCAGGAGGGAGACGGAUCUCAAGAGGAAGAAGGCAGAAAGGCGAUGGGAGAUGUCGGAAACAGCCGACUCCCAGAUGUUCUUCAGCUGCGACGGCUUCGAGGCCAUGAGGGUGGAGAACGAAGCGAGGCUACAGCAGGUGCACCAGGGCAUCGUCGACGUGAUGCAGAGCCACGGUAAACAGGUUCCUGUCGACCAGGCAGCAUCUCCCUUUGCGCAGACCAUCGACUUCAAGAGCAGCCUUGGAUGCACCUUCAUCGAUCAGGAAGACGAUGCAUCUCCGAUCCUGGAUUUCGAGCGGCUGCUGGAGCGCUGCGAGAAGAUGCAGGCCGAGCUCGAGCGUUGGGGCGACGUCCACGGCACCCCACGAGGCGUCUAG